CUACUGGUACAUCCGAUGUGUCAGAGCAAAAGCAUGGAAGGUCUGGUCCGGAGAAGCUAGCUGCCUGGUAGCAGUUUACACGUAAUUUAAGCUACAACAAUAUUAAGUGAACCUCUAUACCAUGGUGUUACCCAUCGAGAGCCAUAAUACGAUCACCAUUUCUUUACUUUAUGGAUUCAUAUGUUUCAUCGUUACCCAAGCAGCAGUAGCGAAAGUUGCAAUACCAGAAGGUCCAGAACCAUCGUUCGCUGAACCAAUCCCAAAUGUAACAGUUGCUGCAGGACGAGAUGUUACGCUUCCUUGUGUAGUAGAAAAUCUUGGAAAUUAUCGGGUCGCUUGGAUUCAUACAGAUAGACACACGUUACUUACGCUACACGAUCGUCUUAUAACUCGCAAUAUGCGAUACAGCAUAUCUCAUAAUAGCCAUAGGACUUGGUGGCUACACAUCACUGAUGUGGAAGAGAGAGACAGCGGGGAGUAUAUGUGCCAAAUUAAUACUUCUCCAAUGAAAAGCCAAGUUGGAUAUCUGGAAGUAGUUGUCCCACCAAAAAUUGAAGAAGAAAAUACAAGCUCUGAUAGCGAAGUUAGAGAAGGUGGUGAUAUAGGUUUGAGGUGUUCAGCAUCAGGAUCUCCCGCUCCUAAAAUUAAAUGGAGAAGAGAAGAUGAGAAAGAUAUAACACUGGGAACAAAAAAAGUGCCAAGCGUACAUGGAGAAUAUCUAAAUAUCAGCAAAACUAGCAGGCUUCAUAUGGGAGCAUAUCUCUGUAUAGCAUCGAAUGGAGUGCCUCCUUCUGUUAGUAAACGAAUCAUGCUAAAGGUUAAUUUUGCUCCUAUGAUAUGGAUUCCUAAUCAACUGAUAGGUGCACCUUUAGGCACUGAAGUCACUCUUGAUUGUAAUUUGGAGUCAUUUCCAAGAUCGAUAACCUUCUGGACACGUGGAGGAACCAUGAUAUUAUCAAACAAUAAGUACGAUUCUAUGAUAAUUGACACGGGUAUAUAUAAAGUUCAAAUGAAACUUCGUAUACGGAAUCUCCGUCCUGAUGACUUUGGAUCCUAUUUGUGUGUGGCAAAAAAUUCCCUUGGGGAAACUGAAGGCACGAUCAGAUUAUACGAAAUUCCUCGACCCAUGUCCUCAACAACACCAAGGAUAACGUAUGCUGGAAGCAAGACUGAAGGUACACAACAGACAAGCAGUGAAAAAAUAGUCAUUGGCACAUGGCAGACUUCCCAAACGAGAGAUGGAAAUGAUGUGAAAAAGUCCGAAAUAUCAGGAGAAGUUUUUGGAGUAGAAACCAGUGUAGGAUUCGUGCCGUCCGCUGCAGGACACGAUCUAGCAGCACAAGAUACGGGAAGGACUGAAACUCGAGAUUCUCCCAAUAAGAGUACCAAUAUUUCAUAUUCAGAAAAUCAAGUGAUUUCUUGCAUUUUUCUUCUGCUAAUAAAAAUGUUCUACUCGUGUCAACUUUGAAGCGCCUGAACAUAAUUACAAACCAUAAAAAAUUAAUAAAAUAAAAAAAAUUAAAUAAAUAAAAGAAAGAGAGAGAGAGAGAGAGCAAGAGAAACGAAUGAGUUAUGUGUUUGUAAUUUUUACACAAAAGUCAAAGAUUAUGAAGAAGGGACAUUCAGCAUUUGUGAAUGUGCAUAAAAUAAAACAUUUAAUUAAAAAAUAACCAAGAGAAAAUUUACGAGUACAACCGAAAGAAAAAAAAAUAAAGGGCAGUUUAUAUUUGGUAAAGUGAUUUUUUUCAAUUUGGUUUAAUCAUAAUUAAGAAUUUAAUAAAUAAAUAAAAAAAUUCAAGUGAUACAGAUCUAUUGCUAAUAGCCCAAGAUAGUCCUUAAUUAUGGUGCCAAUGCUAUAGUACGGAUCAUCUUUCAUCUGUUGGACAUGAGAAGAUAUUAGGCAUGAUUGUCUGUUUUGUGCCAGUUAUGUCCUAAAACUAUAUAUAUAUAUAUAUAUUAUAUAUUUAGCCAAAAAAAUCACACUCUGCCCAAUUUAAAGUGAAUUAAAAUAAAAGAAGAAUAUAAUAUAUGGUAUGAUUAUUGUACAGCUUAAACUUCUUUGAUUGUGUCAAUGUUCAUUUUGUGACAUUUAUGGCUCUGCCAACGAUAUUGAACUUGUGUUGAAGAAUAUUAAGAUUGACGAAACCUCAUUGUUAAUAUAAUAGCAUCGAGAGUACGCUAUUUGAUUCAGCUUUUAUGAGUGCCAAUCAUUAAAAAUAAAGACUUUUUGGAGGGACUGAAACCAAAAAACAAAAAAAAACUUGUGACUAUGUGCUCCUGUUUCUUAAUAUAUCAAGUACAACGUUAGUUGUUUAAGUUUAUCAAUCAGUAGAAAUGUUUAUUGCCUUUACAGAGUGAGCAGUAUUCAUCAGAGGAAAGUUUCAAUAAGCUUUCUUCUUUCUUGAUAUUCUGAAUGUACACAAAAUAAAGGAGAAUUCAUUUAAAUA